UCCUAAAGGAAUAAUUGGCGCGAAGUCUGACCGAACGGACAAGCUGCACGACGUCACGCUUGCGAGCAUCUUAAGUCUCCUUUCAACGCGUGUACCUUCGCAAGAUCAGGUUUGUUCCGCAGCUCUCGAUAGCGUUCGCCGUUAAAAAAAAUAUUAUUUUUUGGUCCGUACUUUCCAGGGAACAUGGAAGAGGCCUACAAACUAAUCGGAGCGGGGAAGAAGCAGUUGGUUAUGGGCAAAGCGGUGGAGGCGGUGAGCACUCUCCAGGAGGCCUGCGGAAUACUAGCCAAAGCAUAUGGAGACACCGCAGAUGAGUGUGCAGAAGCAUUCUUUUGGUGCGGUAGAGCCUUGUUGGAUUUGGCACGAAUGGAGAACUCUGUACUCGGUAACGCUUUGGAAGGAGUCCCGGAGGACGACGAAGAUGAGAAUCCUCAAGAUUCCAAUGUGGAGGGCACAGAAAAAGUUGAUGAAAAGACCAGAGAUGAGUUGAGGGUUCAAGUUUACGACGCCAUGGCGGAGAAAUCCGACAAUGCAAAGGAGGAGGAAACUGCGGCCGACAAGAAGGUUGAGGAAAAAACAGAGGACAGUGUAGCCGAGGAACCUCUAUCAGAUAAAAUGGAAGGGGGAAAAGCAGUCAAGAAGGAAGACCUGAGUGAUGAGAAGUUAGAAAAGACAGUAGACAAAAUAGCUGACGAGAAGGUUGAAGCGUCUAACAAAAUGGAAAAUGGUGACGCGAACGAAAUGGCUGACGAGAAGGUCGAAGCGUCUGACAAAAUGGAGAAUGGUGAAACGGACAAAAUGGCUGACGAGAAAGUCGAAGACGUGGCUGAGAAGAUGGAAGAAGAAGAAGAAGACUCUGAAGAUGAAGCUGAGGAGGAACAAGGCGAAGACAGCAACUCUGGAGAAAAGGAGGGCGAUGAAUCAGAGGAGGAAGAAGAGGAGGUGGGAAACCUUCAGCUGGCCUGGGAGAUGCUGGAAUUAGCCAAGGUCAUCUAUAAGAGAAAAGAGUCCAAGGACGACCAGCUUAUGGCAGCUCAGGCCCAUUUAAGACUGAGUGAAGUUUCUGCUGAGUCUGGGAACUACGUCCAAGCCUUGGAAGACCUCCGGGAGUGUCUUUCACUUCAGCGGAAACACUUGGACGCCGACAGCCGACUGGUCGCCGAGACGCACUACCAGCUGGGUCUGACCUUCAGCUUGAACCAACAGUACGGAGAGUCCGUGGACCACCUCAACCGUUCCAUCUCUGUCAUCAAAAGCAGGCUGGCAAACCUGACAGAGCUGAUGGCAAAGGCUGCCGGCCCUGAGGAGCUUCCUGAGGAGAGGCAGGAGAUGGAGGAACUGAAGGCUCUGCUGCCCGAGAUCCAGGAGAAGGUGGAGGACGCCACCGAUAGCCUGAAAUGUCGCAACACUGAGUCCACCGAGCCUGCGCCGGACGGCGCCUCCACUUCGUCCGCAGUUGUCGCCGCUCAGAGUGGUGACACUUCACCAGCGAGCGCUGCCAGCAGUCAUAGCCAGCCGCCACUUUACUCCUCAAGCACCAAACUCUGUUCUACCAACGGGUCCGCUCCCGACACUCAGGUUUCUGACAUCAGCCACUUGGUCCGAAAAAAGAGGAAGCCAGAGGAGAGUCCUUCAAAAGAGGGUGUGGUUAAGAAGGCCAAGCAGGAUGUUGCUCAGGACACGCUCGUUGUGCAAAAAGCCAACGGUGACACGAGUAUGUGAAAAAGGGGGCCUUCUCUUUGUUCUAACGUUACCUCAACAAGGACACAUCUUCGUUUCCAAGAUGGUGUUGAUCUUUUUGUACUUGCCCUGGGUUUUGUACCAUUGAAUAAAUGUUGCUUUUGUACAUCUGUGAAGUUGCGUGUGGUGAAACAAUGCCAACAUGGAUUUGUCGUUGUUUCUGAUGCGCCAGCCGUCUCGGCUCCACUUUUUGCACCGGUUUGUUAAAAUAUGUAAGCAGUCAUGUUGCCAUUGUUCCACCCUGUUGUUGCACUGCUCUGUUCUGAUAUUGUGACUUGUUUUGUUUAAUAAAAGACUUGAACCAUGACAUUUUUAACUGAGAACUGA